AUGGCUGCCGACGACAUCGACGUGGUGCCCGUAACCCAGCUGCCCGCCAACUCGUGGUUCGAGGGCUUCGCCGUGCGCCCCAAUGGCCACAUCCUCGCCACCCGCCUCGAUGCCCCCGAGCUGUACACCUUCGACCCGGCCGAUCCCAGCGCGCGGCCGCAGCUGCUCCACACCUUCCCGGACGCAAACGGCCUGGUCAACCUGUGCCCCAUCGCCGGCCCGGACGACGACGAGUACGCCGUGAUUGCCGCCACCGUCGAGCUGCAGCAGGUCCAGUUCGACUCGGCCGUCAUCUGGCGCGUCAAGCUCGCCGGCCCGGCCCCCGAGAUCACCGAGCUGGCCCGCGUGCCCGACUCGGGCUUCUGCAUCGGCGUCGCCCAGCUGACGCCCGACUUCCUCGCCAUCGCCGACUCGCACAAGAACUGCAUCUGGCGCCUCGACCUCGCCUCGGGCAAGAGCGACGUGCUGGUCGCCGACGACACCAUGGCCGCCGCCAGCGAGGAGGACUUCUUCGGCAUCAACCGCGUGCGCUACUCGCACGGCCACCUGUGGUACACCAACACCAGCGCAGGCCUGCUGUGCCGCGUGCCGCUCGCCCUCGACCAAGCCGGCCCCCGCACCACCGGCCCCGUCCAGAUUGUCGCCAGCGAUCUGCCCCACUGCGACGGCCUGACCCUCACCGACGACGCGAAGGCCAUCUUCACCGCCAACUACAUGGCCGGCGUCGUCUGGCGCGUCGACGUCGACGACCAGGGCAAGGGCCUCUCGUCCAUCCUCACCCGCGGCCUCAGCAGCCCCACCAGCGUCGAGUUCGCCACCAUCGCCGACAAGCAGCGCCUGUACGUCGUCUGCUGCGGCGGCGAGGGCGCCGGCGUCGGCUGGGUCAACGACGACGACCGCGCCUCGGAGCAGAGCAAGUUCAACUUUGAGAUUGAGGUGACGGCCGAGGUCACCGUGACCGAGGAGGUCGUCGAGGACAAGUAA